CGUUCGAUGUUCGUGUUGUUUUGACAACAGCACAACCAACAGCAACAGGCACAUGUUUGCAAGACAUGUCUGCAGCCAGGCACUGAGAUCCUUUGGGCAGACAGGAAUUGCAGAAAUCUGAUACUGCUCAGUCGAUCAGCUGUGCUGCAGUGACGUCACACCAUGCAUACCACGCAGCCGGAAAUGAAAAGCCGGCUGGCGCAGGCGUAGAGCCCGGUAUAUGGCGAUCCGGGCCGGCAGACAGCGCUGUUAAAAAAUGCAGCCGCCUCCAGAAACGAGUCCAACAAGUUUAGGUCUAUUGAUCUCGGGGUCGACUGCCCUAAAGGGUGUUGUGGAGGCGUCGUCCCUAAACAACAAGGACAAGGUAUCUAGAGCUGUGGAACAGACGAAAACUUUUCACCAGUGUAGGACCAGGAUGGUACUAAGGAAGCCACUAGAAAUACUGAAGCAGGGAAUGAUGCGGCUCCCCAGAAUGCCUUGUACCAAGCGGUCGCAAGAAGUGCCUGUGCUGUUCCGAGAACCGUACGUACACGACGGGCACCGCCCUCCGCACCAGCCCUGGCACCACUACCUCCUCAGUCUCUUCCAGAUUCACAACGAGGUGAUGAACGCAUGGACCCACCUCAUCCCCUUCUCCAUCCUCCUCUACAAUGUUUUCACCCGUACCGGUGAGCUAGACUUCAGCGCUGACCACACGAGUUGGGCCCUCCUGCUGCUCGGGUUCGGCGGCUGUUCCUUCUUGUUCCUCAGCUUCGCUGCCCACCUUUUCCAGUCCCACUCCGAGCAUGCGCACUACAUGUGCUUCAUCCCAUUUGCAGUGAUCCGUGGUUUUCGCGUGUGUUUAAACCUGUCUUCUUCCCACCUGUUGGUAGUGAGCGGUUGUUACACGUGUAUCUGUUGUUCGUACGGGAAGGUCAGGUUCAACCGACCCUAUCCACCCAUGCGCUGGGUACUGCAGAUAAGCGCCAUUGGCAGCAUGUAUGUUCUGUCCAUGUCUCCCGUCCUGCACGCGUCAUGAUGGACCACGCCCGCAACAGUAUGGACACGGUGUCAUGGAUGCACGUGGCUCACACCGCCUUCUUCAUGACAGGCGUCUUUUUCUACACGUCCAACGUACCUCAUAGGUUUCAGCCGGGCAUGUUCGACAUCGUUGGUCACGGACACCAGCUCUUCCACGUUGCCAUGGCAACAAUGGCCAUCAUACAGUUUGAGACUGUUUUUCGUGACCUUCAAUCCGGUCGCCACUUUCUGCUGUCUCGUCCGUCGGUCACGUCAAUCACGGUGCAGGCCACUGUCGUCCUUUUAUGUUGUGUAGUCAGCACUCUCACCAUGGCGGCUAAAGUGCGCAGAAAGCUGAAGAACAAAGUACAGUAAUUAAGUCGGUUGUUCUGAACUCUUGGUAAAUCCAUUAUGGUCAUCUGGCUAUACAAGCUCAUUUUCCUCUCCGUUAUUUGUGCAAGGGGUCAAAACAGCCUCCCUAAUUUGUGGCAAUACAAACGUCCUCAGGUAUAAAUUCAUCUGUAAAAGUUGGACAAUUAGUCCAAAAUUACAUUAGAAAAGGGGCCAGAAUUGAGUGUUGAUUGACAUAAGUUAGGUUGACAAUGUCCUAGUCCAAUGUCCAGGUGUAACCUGAUCGAGAACACAUGUACACAAUUACUUAGUUUAACGUCACAAAACCGUUAUAAUGCAGUCUCUGGACAUUUGAAAACUGACAUUGUGCAUUUAGGAUCAAACAGCUAACUUGAUGACAUGGUGCAUUUGGGAUUAAACAGCUAACCUAUUAAUGCUAUUAAAGGUCUUCAAGAGACCAUAGGUGUAAUGAUGCUACAAAAGAACGAAGUGCUGAAUAUAUAACGCUGCUCAUGUAGAGAUAUAAAAAUAGACUCCACAUGAAAGCGUCGGACUAUAACGCUAGAGGCGAUGCUGAUACGAUCCAACUCCAAUUGAAGUCAAAUAUUUUUCACUGGAUUUGUUUGUUGCCUAGUGAUCGGAAAUCCGGUAUGACUCAGAUCUUAAGAUUUUGCGAACGAAAGAAAGGUGCUAGGUGCGCAGUUCUAUAUCUUACCAAAUGGAAUGGGUGAAGUAAAUGUAACAGAUAUUGUGUUUGAAUUUGCGGUCCCGUUGUAUUCUUUCCACUUGUGUACCACUGAUGUGUGGCCAACGAACAAAGAAGCAUCUCUGGAUACAAAUUCGCACAAUGACUGCCGAAAUUUCUUCAGUCAGCCAUGAAAUUAGCAGAACCAUUGGCAGAACAAAUAUGUCACUGCUGUUACCUAAGAAGUUGUAACGUUGCGGAAAAGAAUUUCACCGAACUUGUUAAGUCGUUGAAGUGAACGUCAGUAGCCCCCCUUCAGAAAUCUUUGCCCGGAAGGAAGGCCAAGAAACCCGGCAACUCAGUUCGGACGUUUCUCAAUGUCUGUAAUCAAUAUGACGUUCCGAUAAGUUUUGAAGUUGGCCCAUAUAUGCAAUUGAAAUGUGAGAAAUGAAUUAAAAAUAAGCGGUCUGAUUUUGUAGUACAAGUGUGGCCGUCCGUUGGUACGUCUGUUUUCCAAGUUCGAGAGCAACAGAUGGCUAUGUCAGUCUUACAUAAUAUUUACAUCGCCAUAACGUCUAUAAAUAUUAGACAUGGAUUCGAAUCCCUUCCGGUGAAAGUGCUGUAACUUGCACAAAUCUAAGCACUACGCCCUCUGUUUUUACCGCGGAGGAUGUGUGGAUGCUGGGGGUGGGUGUGUAUUGAUAUUGUCGUGCCCAUUCUCCUACACAGAGACUGAAAAGAGGAUCCGGACUUACGUAUACCCGCGUCAUCAAACUCCGACGGGCCCUGGAGGACUGAAUGUCGCCGGAUGCGGCUCUGUGUAGGAGAAUGAUCGUCUCCUGAUUAUUCUAAUCCGUGAAACUACCUAUGUCACUGACUCAGCCGAAAUUCCUGCAAAUAUUUGAGUGAGACAGAGGAACUUUUAGUUGCAGUUUUAAUGCACGUUACCAGGUGGCGUAUCUAGCAACGAGGUCAGUAUCAUGAGUAUGGUGGCUGAGCAAGCCGAAAUCAGUACUAGUUGUUACAAAAUACAUGCGCAUAACCUUAAUGGGAACUGGCGGCUUGCACCAUUUAUGUUCUCCCUGUUAAAACCAGAGGUGGAAUUAACUAACUACAUACACUACGUGCCAUUACGUUAAGUAUUUAGUGCAAAUACUGUUAUUACGAAGUAAAGACAAAGCCAUUUAUUAUAUUAACUCUUGCAUAAGAAGUUAUUUCCACAGAACACCAUGAACUUGCACCUUAUCGCCAGUGUAUUAAUGUCCUUUUCAGCAUGACUUUUAUUGGGAGGAAUUCAACUAAUGGUACUUGGCACUUCAUUAUACCAUAUGGCGCUUUGGAUUGUUAAAUACUGUAAAUGCAGAAAUGUUCGCGGUUUUUGCGGUGACCACUUCACCGCGAAUUUAAAACCACCGCGAACAUUUUUCUAUUAUGAAAUUAGAUCGCAGUCUAUGGUGUUACCGCGAACUUAAAUCCACUGCGAAAAGUCCUUUUUCCCGCUACCGCGAAAUUAAAUCCCCGCAAACUUAAAUACAUUUACAGUAACAUUGUGACUGCUGAGUACAAUUGUAUGAAAGCCCUCUAGACUUGGCUUUUCAGUAGAUGCUCUGGCACAAAUCUACAUUAGUAGAGGAAACAACAAAGUUUUAACUUUAAAAAGGGGUCAUAAUAAGAAAUUGGACAAAAAUAUCUAAUCAUUUUGUCUUUAAUCACUUUGUAACAUUCAGAUCACAGUACAUGUAUCUGAGUAUCAUGCGCUGGAUACUAGAUAUUUCAAAUUAUUUGUGACAUACAGACUUAAGCGAAGAGCACACACUUAUUCUGCAUACAUGUUGUUGCCCUCUAUUGUACCAUUUACCAUUUCAUACCCCAACUAGGGAAAGCUGGAAUCUCCACCUUGAACAUCCAGUCAUGUGGAUAAACUAAAGCAAAUGUUACUCAAUUGUGACCCCAUCUAAUAUGAGAUGGUAACUUUUGGUUAACUUCAAAUUACCUGCUAUCAAUGCCAUAUUAAUGGAAAUCAUUUUGUACAUAAAUAAGUGGCAGAU